AUGGCGCUUUGUGGCGCCUCUGGAACCUUUUUUCAUAGUGGCGCCCUGUACCGUCCCAGUGGCGCGAGUGUGAUGGGUACGCCAUAUGGACGCAGCGACAUCAGCCUAUUCCCCCGGCUCUCACUUCCGCAGGUGAUUGAGAUGAAAUAUUAG